AUGAAGGUGUACUCGCUCUCUGUCAUCCUGGCGCCGCCAUCGGGCCCAUCCACGAUCCUCAGCCAGGGCACGGACCUCUCCCAGUUCUCGUUCUACCAGAAGGGCUCGGUCGCCGAGUUUAUGAACUUCAUGUCCAAGACCGUCGCCGAGCGGACGCCGCAGGGGCAGCGGCAGAGCAUACAGGAGAACAACUACACCGCGCACGUGUACAACCGCGGCGGCGCGGAGCAGCUCGCAGCGGUGAUCAUCACGGAUAUGGAGUACCCCGUCCGGCCGGCGUUCUCGCUGCUGUCGAAGGUGCUGGAUGACUUCAUCGCGAAGGUGCCCCAGUCGGCGUUCGGGAACCCGAGCGCGAUCUCCUUCCCGGAGAUCACGGCGUACGUGCAGAAGUACCAGGACCCGCGACAGGCGGACAGCAUCAUGCGCGUGCAGCAGGAGCUGGACGAGACGAAGAUCGUCUUGCAUAAGACGAUCGAGUCGGUGCUGGCGCGGGGCGAGAAGCUCGACAACCUCGUGGACCGGUCGAACGCGCUCUCCGCGCAGAGCAAGAUGUUCUACAAGACGGCGAAGAAGCAAAACUCGUGCUGCGUGAUCAUGUAG